AUGACUGAAGCCCUCGCGGCCCCUUCGCGGCCCGUCGCCGCCCCUAUCGGCCCCGUCGCCGCCCCUAUCGGCCCCGUCGCCGCCGCCAGCGGCCCCGUCGCUGACCUCUCAGGCCCCUCGCGGCCCCUUCGCGGCCCCGUCGCCGCCCCUAUCGGCCCCGUCGCCGCCCCUAACGGCCCCGUCGCCGCCCCUAUCGGCCCCGUCGCCGCCCCUAUCGGCCCCGUCGCCGCCGCCAGCGGCCCCGUCGCCGACCUCUCAGGCCCCUCGCGGCCCCUUCGCGGCCCCGUCGCCGCCCCUAUCGGCCCCGUCGCCGCCCCUAACGGCCCCGUCGCCGCCCCUAUCGGCCCCGUCGCCGCCGCCAGCGGCCCCGUCGCCAACCCUAGCGGCCCCGUCGCCGCCAGCGGCCCCGUUGCCGACCCUAGCGGCCCCGUCGCCGCCCCUAUCGGCCCCGUCGCCGCCUCUAACGGCUCCGUCGCCGCCACUUGCGGCCCCGUCGCCGCCCCUUUCGGCCCCUCCUCGACCCUGCCCCGGCCCCGCCUCGGCCAUGCCCCGUCGCCAGCCGCGGCACACCCGGGGCACGCGGCUCAGCUGCUGGGCGGCUGGGCAGCUCGGUGGCUUGGUGGCUCUGUUGCUCAGCUGCUGGGCGGCUUAGCGGUGAAGGGGCCGGUAGAGGCGGCGACGGGGCCGGUAGAGGCAGCAAUGGGGCCGCUAUGGGAGGCGACGGGGCCGCUAAGGGCGGAGAGGUGGCCGCGAAGGGCGUCGACGGGGCCUCCACGGUGGCGACGGGGCCGCUAG